GCUCCUCAUCUCCUUGUCCUUCUCAUCACCAGCAUGCUGGCUGACAAACUGAACAUGUCACCUGAGGAGGCUGAGAGAUGGAUUGUAAACCUCAUCCGCAACGCCAGGCUGGAUGCCAAGAUCGACUCCAAACUGGGCCACGUUGUCAUGGGAAACAACGCCAUAUCGCCUUACCAACAGGUGAUUGAGAAAACCAAGAGCCUCUCGUUCCGCAGCCAAAUGCUGGUUAUGAACAUUGAGAAAAAGCAGGCCGCUAGCAACAGAAACGAGACACCAAACUGGGCCGGUCAGGAAAGCGGAUUUUAACUACCCGAUGAAGACGGAUCAUCCGUUAUCCCACACUUGUCUGCCAGAAAACGCUGUACUAGUCAUGCUUUUGGUUCCAGUCAUCACCAACUCAAUAAAAGUGACCAGUAAAACCAUU